AUGCGCCCUGGUGCUUCGCGCCAGAAAACUGGGCGACCAUUGGCCAAUGGCAUCGUCACCCGGAUGAUGGAUUUUCAUGGCAGGAAGGUUGGCCUGAUUGGACUCGUGGAGAAGGAAUGGCUGGUCACUCUGGCGACCAUAGAUCCGUCCGAAGUGGACUAUGAGGACUUUGUUCCCUGCGCUCGGCGCUUGGCCAAACAGCUGAAGGAACAAGAACGCUUCUCGGACGAAGAAAAUACGCGUGUGCCGAACGACGAGUUGCUGGCCAACGAAGUGUCUGAGGUGGACGUGAUUUUGGCGGGCCAUGAUCAUCACUACGACGUGAAACCGGUUUGGAAACCCGGUGGAGCCGUGUUUUUUCAUGGGAAAAUGAUGGAAAAUGAGGGGUGA